ACCGAGGGGUGCAGUGGUGGUGUGUGGACGCUCUAGACGGCUCGAUGCUGCUACCAUCUCAGCCCGCGUACACAAACAAGCGCUCGCUCUCUCGCUCUCUACCCCGGACUUAACAACAUCCAGGAACCACUUGUGUCUUGAUCUACGAGUGCAGGUCAGGUGUCCUUGGAGAGUCGGGGCCGCCAGCUUAGGCCGACGCACAGAAAACGGUGGAGCUCAGUGCUGGGUUGUGAGCGCGCCAAAACAGAGGCAGCGGCCGGUGAGAGCGCACGUGUGUUGCUCGCUUCCCCAGUUGGUCCUCAUCCUCUCUUAGACACGUGUAGCCGCCAGGUCCUAGUGAUGAUCCGGCCAAGAGCAAUACGAGGCCGGGUCCCCGUGGGCCGCAGCUAGCCAUGGCGGGCGGGUCGCACCAUUGUAAGGACUGCGGCUUGUACUUCGAGAGCGCGCGGUCCCUCGAAGUGCACCUUCAGUAUCACAAGGAAAAUCUCAUGAACAUGUGGAUGGGCAGUGAAGAACGUGGGCGUGAGGGUGGUGCGCCGGCACCCUCACCUGUGCAGGGUGAUCUGACGCCCUUGGGAGUGAGCAGCAGUGAUGGGUUAGUGAGCAGUUCAGUGCAGAGUGUUAACGCGGGAGUGAGUUCGAGCUCCUUCACCGUGCCAUCACCAAUGCAAUACGAGUACAAGAUGUCCCCAGGCCUGCAGAGUCCACAGGGUGGAGUAGUGCCUCAGGGGCCGCCCUCGGGACACGGACUUACAGUGGGUUUUCCUCAGCAGUCGCCUGGUGGAUUCUACGGGGACUUUGGUCAGCAGCACCACCACCACCAGCCACAACAACCACCUCAGCAGUUCGGUGGGUACCAGAUAGGUGGUUUUCUCAACGGCGGCUUUGACGAUGGUUUCUAUGGGCGUGGGGCGAGCACAGCUCCGAGGUUUCACCCCUAUAUGGGUCGAUCUCCGGCGCCGACGCCCUCGCCCGGCAACCCUCACACAGACAUCAAGGAGGAGAUGCCGUCAGCGGACACCCCGGAGAUCCUCGACCUCGACUCUCAGAAGGUGUUGGGUAGCAGUGUGCCGCCUCAGACACAGCAGCAGUCUGGGCCACUGCCUCCCAUGUGGCGACCUCACGAGCAGUUCCCUUCUCCGGGAGGCCUGACCAUGGGUGGCCUUUCUCCCAUGCAGACAGGCUACCCGGGGCCUCCCGCCCCGCCCCAGCACAUCCCUGGACUAGGAGGUGGCAGCUCUUACCUCUCGAGUGGCGGAGGCAUGGGUGGUUACCACCCACAGGGGAUGACUAGCACCCCGCAGGCCAUGAGCAGCCCCAGCAGCAUGUUCGGGGCUCCGCCACCCUCUCCGCGAGAGACAGCAGCGCCUCCUUCAGAAUUCGCUUCGAACGUCAAAAGACCGAAGAGCUUCAAGUGCGAAGACUGCAAUAAGUGGUUCACGAGUCACGGCCACCUCAAGCGGCACUACAACACGACGCUACAUAAGAACAUGACCAAAGUAAGUGGAAACAGUGCCAAUCGUUCCACGCCAGACCACACCAGGCCGCCCAUACUCUCCCCGGGUGCCAAGAGCAUCGGCGAAGCUUCCAAUCUCUCCAGUCAAGACGAGGAGAGCAACUUGUCUGCGGCGGACGCCCUCGAGACUCCGCCACCCCCGCCCAUGCAGCAACCUCCUCCAUCCUACAACCCACCAACAUCUCUGUCAGGGUACCAGCCUCCAGGGGUCCCGGGGCCCUCACAAGGGCUCCACCCUGCGGCACAGUUCAACCAGGCACCGCACUUUCUAGGUGGCGAACAACCCCCAACAGCACCUACGCUAUACCACGGCCACUUCAGUACUAACCCGACGGGGUUUGGGAGCCAACCUCCAACUUCCAUGGGAGGGGGCCCUCCUUUUUACCCGGGCAGCGGUAGCAACAAUUUCGGUGGUUAUCAGACGCAGGGGGGCCACCAGGGCCCGGGGUUUCAUUCCAUGAAUGAUUUCCCCGGGCCGAGCCUGGAUGGCUUCAGUAGUUUCAAGCUUGAGAAUGAUCGUGUAGAGAGUGGCAUGUCUCGCUCCCCGGAGCCAGCGGGAGGUGACACGGGCUCAGAGGCUUCCAUGGACUCUAGCGAGUCCGGCGGCACCAGUAGCAGCGUCAACGCCGAAGGAUCCUUCAGGUGUCAAGACUGCAGUAAACUGUUCAAUCGCAUGUGUUACCUGACGCAGCACCGCACCACCUACCACGAGGGCGAGAAACCUUUUAAGUGCGGCACUUGUGGCAAACGUUUCCCAGACGAAGUAACGUUCAGUGACCAUCAGAGCAAGCAUGCGGGGGAUAAGCCCUAUAAGUGUGAGGUUUGUCCCAAGCAGUUCAAUCACAAGACCGACCUACGGCGUCACAUGUGUCUCCACACAGGCGAGAAACCCUUCACAUGUGAACAGUGCGGUAAAGGGUUCAUCAGGAAGGACCACAUGCUCAAGCACUUCCAGACACACCGCAAGAAAGCCAUGGCAGCCGCUGGUUCUGUUACCCCCUCACACCCUCCCCAGGGGCCACCCAUGAACCAUGGCCCUCCAGUCUUCCCAGGCCACCACCCAGGCCACCGCCCAGGUGGUCCACACGGAGGUAUGACACACCCGGGCCACGGCCCUCCUGGCCAUCCCGGCCACCCUCCACACGUGGUGGCCCCUCCAGUUUACUGAUGAUGGCCCAACUGUGGCCCCGGAGUGGGCGGCGUGUACCCCUGUGGGUGACCUGGCCGCACACGCCCGCGCCCGUCUUCCGCCGGUGCUGAGUUCCUGUGGCUGCCUCGCCCCGCAUCUACCUCACGCGGCUUCCGCCGCCCUGUGAUACCGCGCCAACAUUCCAUGCCGCGGGCGGCCGCCCCUGUGCCAUACUGUUCCCGCCGCCCCCUGGGGUGGUGAGGGCCGCCCCGGCCCGGCCCCGUGCCUCGCGUUCCGUGCCUGAGGCCUCCGUUACCUCGCAUCAUGUCCUCAUCUUACUGUGAAACACACUCGCUCAGAGGCUCGUGGUGGUCAGUGUGCAGGGAAGUGACGAUACCUGUAUCAGUAUUGUUGUGGCCGUCACCCGGGUGAGGUGACUCAUACGACCCCUCACCUCCUACCUCACCCUCCUUCAUCCCUCACAUCUGCUACUUGACCUUUCUGGCUCCUGCCAAGUACCUACCUGCUCUUCUACGAUCCAGUAUCCAUCACUUCUCAUAUCGCCUUACCUGUUUUCCGUUUUCUUCUUCCCCCGACACCUACCUGGCUGACCUGGCGGAGAACCCGCCUCACCUUGUCCAGGGUCAGCUAUGACCCGCAUCAACACGCCACAGUAAAGUGUUGAGGGUUGUGUAUAGAGGCGUGGUGGGUAGUGAUGGUGGUGGUGGAGCGACCCGGGUGUCAACACCAGCUAAACGGUUAUACAUACAAUACCUCAGAAUACUCGGUAUACCUCAGCGUGUGUCAAAACUUAUGCACAAAACAGGGUUAGUCUUAUGCAAGUGAUAAUAUGCUACUUGGUGUUACGGUGACGUUGUGAAAGUGAUCAUGGUGUGACGGAUCCGCUUGCCUCUUUCACUAGACCAGAUUGUGUGGCCAAUUUGGGCUCCUAUUAUUUUUACAUGACUAGCGGUCUGUACCCCUUGGUGUCUGCCUGUCAACACGCCAAGAAACACAUACCCACCUCCCCCACAUCACUUUAAUUUGAUUUCUAUUGUUUUUAAAAAAAAACACGUUAGAAGUGAAAAUUUGUUAUCAAAACUUUUUAUUGCAUUUAGGUUGGUCUUGUGGUAGAGUGGACCAGCAGGCCACCCUAGCCACUGGUCUGGACCAGCAGGCCACCCUAGCCACUGGUCUGGUCCAGCAGGCCACCCUAGCCACUGGUCUGGGCCAGCAGGCCACCCUAGCCACUGGUCUGGGCCAGCAGGCCACCCUAGCCACUGGUCUGGGCAGCAGGCCACCCUAGCCACUGGUCUGGGCCAGCAGGCCACCCUAGCCACUGGUCUGG